CUCAAUGCUCAAAUUAUUUCAUGCAACAGAAUGUAAUAUAAACGUCAGCUGUUUUCUUUCCUAAUUAUAUAAUCAUUGUAAGAAUCGGUUUGACCAAUACUAAAACGCGAUGCAAACGUCGACAUUUAACGUAAGAGAAGGACACGGCCCUGAAUAUGCGGCACAUGUACCUACCGAAAUAAAGAUGUAUCAGCAUAAAGAUGAACGAUUAUCGUCACGAUGACCCAAUUCACGAAUAUGCUGACACUGAUCGCACAGUCAUUACGGCAUUAACAUAAGUUUUCAUGCAGUAUCGUAAAAUUCCUCAAGACAGAACUACUACUUCGCCUGUCGCACGCGAGAAUUAAUUAAGAAUCCUAAAUCAUCGGUCGUUUGCGAGUCACCAUGUGCUCGCGACUGUACGUGUCACUGCUCUCGAUAUUAAUUCUGCCCGGAACACGCGCGAUCCAACUGUUCAAUGGGGACAUUUUACCGAUGGAAAUCUCGAAACAAUUGGACGAUUAUUGGAGGGCUUACAAGGCGCAGUUUAAUAAAACGUACGCAAAGAACCUGGAGAACGCGAGACGGAUGGCUUGGGAGCAGAACCUCGUGGAGAUUUAUAAACACAAUCUAAUGGCUGCUGCCGGACAUCAUAGCUAUACAUUACGAGAUAACCAUAUCGCCGAUCUCAACACUCACCAGUACAAUCGAGAGAUGGUGAGACUAAUACCGAGUCGGAGGCGCCGAUUGCCGUCCGAACCGAUAGUAUCGGUGCAUCAGUCUGAUAAUGUGCCAGAAAGCCUGGACUGGCGCGAGUGUGGCUUCGUUACGACGCCGGUGAAUCAACAGAGCUGCGGCAGUUGCUACGCUUAUUCGAUCGUAGAGAGCAUAGAGGGUCAGAUUUUCAAGCAGACCGGCAUGCUGCUUGACCUGAGCGCGCAACAGCUGGUGGACUGUAGCACGGCGACCGGGAAUCUCGGCUGCACCGGUGGCUCCCUCAGGAACACGCUACGAUAUCUGGAACGAUCGAAGGGUCUGAUGCCUAGAUCCCUCUAUCCGUACAUGGCCGAGCAAGGGCAGUGCAGAUUUCAAAAAGAUUUAAGCGUCGUCAAUAUAACAUCGUGGGCGAUCUUGCCGGCACGAGACGAGAGAGCAUUGGAAGUGGCAGUAGCGACAAUCGGUCCCAUAGCUGCCUCCAUAAAUGCCAGCCCGAAAACAUUCCAGCUUUAUCAUAAAGGCGUCUACGAUGAUCACCUAUGCAGUUCGGACGCGAUGAACCACGCGAUGUUGAUCGUGGGAUAUACGCCGACCGAAUGGAUCCUGAAAAACUGGUGGGGCGACAAUUGGGGCGAAAAUGGCUACAUGCGUCUGGCGAAAAAUAAAAACCGCUGCGGCAUAGCAAACUACGCCGCCUACGUGAAAAUCUGAGAUUCGUUCUUUUUUAAUUCAAUCGAAAACUCUCUUGUCUGCGUAUCAUAAAAAUGUAUGCUAUGCUUUUUAAUAUAUUAUGUACUAUUUCUAUAUCUCUAUACUCGAAUUAUUUAUUUCUAUGUCUAAACACACUGUAUUGUAUGAUAAAGCUGUAUGUUUCGACAAAAUAAAUAUCGUUUUCCUAUGAAA